AUGGACGAUCAAGUACCUACAUUUCUAGCAGUCACUGGCGUUGAAGAUGAAUCUGUUGCUACACAGUUUCUAGAUGUGGCUGGGGGUGAUUUAGAGCUAGCAGUGACAUUGUACAUGGAAUCUGGUCAUCAUGGCGGAUCGACCAGUAACAACAAUGGCAGCAGCAAUGCUAGAAGUAACAACGGUCUUGAUGAUGAGGAAUACGCCAAGCAAUUACAAGAACAAGCAUAUGGAGGCAAUGAUGUCCGUGAGGCAGAUACAAAUGUACAUCGACACGAUACGUUGGUUGAUUCAUUCCCUGGAUUUGGAGGAGGAGGUAGUGGUGGUGGUGGUGGUGGUGGCAUGUUCAGUCAAGUGCCACGCCCGCCUGAUUUGUUUGGGCACAGACAACAAGGAAUUUUCCACCAAGGUUUUGACUUUAGAAGGAAUGUUAACGCAUACAAUGCUUAUGAUGACGAUGAGGACGACGAUGAAAUGGACCAAGAUUACACCGACGCACGGGAUGUGGACCGUGAUAUUCAGAUUUUGGACUCAGAUGAAGAGGAUAAUGAUGAUAUUGAAGAGAUUGUGAGAGGUCAUAGUAGUGGAGUUGCCGGUCGCAGGAGGCGACUUAGACAGGAACGUGACUCUGAGCUCACUUCUACUCAAAGAAGACUUGCUAAUUUGUUUAGACCUCCAUUUGAUAUUAUCAGUGUAUUGACAUUGGACCAAGCGAGGGCUAGAGCCAAAGAGGAAAACAAAUGGAUCUUGAUUAAUAUACAGGACUCGUCUGAAUUUCAAUCGCAAGUUUUCAAUCGUGAUUUCUGGUCAAACUCGAGAAUCAAACAGAUUGUUAAAGAAAACUUUGUGUUUUUGCAAUAUCAACGUGAUUCUUACGAUGGUGAAACGUAUGUCAAUUUCUACAAUGUCGAUACAUUUCCUCAUUUGGCAAUAUUGGAUCCUCUCACCGGUGAACGUGUACGCAAGUGGACUGAUGGACAAGUGCCAAAUGUGGAUAACUGGUUAGAUGAGGUGCAUGACUUUUUGGACAAGUUUUCAUUACAUCCUGAAUCGAGUAAUCCUCUUGUACAGCAUGAAACGAAAAUUGAUCCUGAUAGUUUAAGUGAGGAACAACAAAUUGAAUUGGCUAUGAAACAGAGUAUAUUGGACAACGCCAAUAGUGGUAAAGAUGCUGAGAAUGCUAUAAAUUUGGUCAGUGACGAUGAGGAGAGUAGCAGAGUCGAAGUUCCUCAAAGCGAGGAGGACAUAUUCGAUUCCGUCAAACCUAUAGAUCAUAAAGAACCGUCAGAUGGUCCUACUACAAGAGUACAAAUACGGUUCCCCAAUGGUAAGAGACUUGUUCGGAAAUUGCUUCUUGACGAUAAAGUGGUGGUUUUGUUUGAGUGGUUGAAGUACGAGCUAAGUCAGAGCGCACAAGAUUACGGUAUAAGUUCGGACGACAGAUUUACUCUUUCCAAUAGUUCAAAUAAAGCUUUUAAAUUUAUUGAAAACUUGGAAAAGACCAUUGAACAGGCCAACUUGAAAAAUGCAAGUAUAUUAUUGGAAAAGGAAUAA